AUGAAGUUCUCUGCUAUUUUCGCUCUCAUGCCCCUGGCUGUCCUUGCGACGCCAACACCUACCAUCGAGAAGCGAGCGACUACCUUCUGUGACCAGUGGGGCUCUGCUACCACGGGUACCUACAUCGUCUACAACAACCUCUGGGGUGCCUCCUCCGGCACCGGCAGCCAAUGCACCACCUUGACCGGACUGUCUGGCAGCAACCUGCAAUGGUCUACUACAUGGUCAUGGUCUGGCGGCCAGUACAACGUCAAGUCGUACGCCAACGCUGUUGUCAACGUCAGCAAGAAGGCACUUAGUGCUAUCAGCAGAAUCCCUACGACCUGGAACUGGAGCUACUCCGGAAGCGGCCUCGUCGCAAACGUUGCCUACGACCUGUUCACCUCAUCAACAGCCUCCGGGUCCGCUCAGUACGAGAUCAUGAUCUGGCUCGGCUCUCUCGGCGGCGCCGGCCCCAUCAGUGCCACCGGCAGCACCAUCGCCACCCCCAACGUUGGUGGCCGCACCUGGAACCUGUACAAGGGCACCAACGGCCAGAUGACUGUCUUUAGCUUCGUCGCGCCCAGCAAUGUCCAGAGCUUCAGCGGCGAUCUCAAGCAGUUUGUCACAUACCUCAUCAACAGCCAGGGCCUCCCGUCCUCCCAGAUCCUGCAGAGCAUCGGUGCUGGCACCGAGCCCUUCGUCGGCUCCAAUGCCAAGUUCACCACCACUGCCUACACAGCUUCUCUUGCCUAG